AACAGCAGCUGUAACGUUAUAACAAUUUGGAAAAACGCGACUGGGGCAUGCUGUCAGUCGUGGACAAAUCUGUGCCGAAUCUAAACCAGAAGAGUCAUGGCUGAGGACUACUGGGAGAGCACAGUGGCUUUGGGAUAUUAUUGUUAAGAUUACAAGGGCAUACGGGAUCUCGCGUCUUCGGGGAGAUUGAACAGUGGCUGCCCCUCAGCCCUCCUCAUCUCGCCCCCCCCUGCCCCCCCUGAUGGACCGCAUGAGGAAGAUCAAACGGCAACUGUCCCUCACGCUGCGGGGGGGCAGCAGUGGGGAGAAGAGCCUCAGCGAAACCAUCGCCUCCCAGGACACGGCGCACAGCGACUCGGACGCCAUGUCAGUGAGGGGCAGUGGCAGUGUGCGGGGCUCGGUGAGGGGCGCAGGGCGCACAGGAAGUUCCUUCAGCAUGCACUCGCUGCUGCAGUCUUACAGCUCCGCCCUGCGCAGACCACACAGCCUGGGCCGUAGCCUCAGCUCCUAUCUCAACCACACCACACGACUGGAAAUAGUCCAUGAGGAUGUGAAGAUGGGGUCCGAUGGGGAGAGUGACCAGGCUUCAGCCACAUCCAGCGAUGAAGUGCACAGCCCUGUCCGAGUCCGACUGAGGAACAACCCGGGGCGCAAAAUCUCAACAGAGGACAUAAACAAGCGCCUGUCCCUGCCAGCGGACAUCCGGCUUCCCGACGGCUACCUGGAGAAAUUCAGCCUCAACAGCCCCCUGUUCGACAAGCCCCUGAGCCGCCGGCUACGAAGGGUGUCGCUGUCGGAGAUUGGCUUCGGAAAGCUGGAGACCUACGUGAAGCUGGACAAACUGGGAGAGGGGACGUAUGCCACUGUGUAUAAAGGCCGCAGCAAGCUGACAGACAACCUGGUGGCCCUGAAAGAGAUCCGUCUGGAGCACGAGGAGGGGGCUCCCUGCACUGCCAUCCGAGAGGUGUCCCUGCUGAAGGACCUGAAGCACGCCAACAUCGUGACUCUGCACGACAUCAUCCACACACAGAAGUCCCUCACGCUGGUGUUCGAGUACCUGGAUAAGGACCUGAAGCAGUAUUUGGACGACUGCGGCAACUCAAUCCACAUGCACAACGUCAAGCUCUUCCUGUUCCAGCUGCUGCGUGGGCUGAACUACUGCCACAGGCGGAAAGUCCUCCACCGGGACCUCAAACCCCAGAACCUGCUCAUCAAUGACCGCGGGGAGCUCAAACUGGCCGACUUCGGUCUGGCCCGGGCCAAGUCUAUUCCCACGAAGACGUACUCUAAUGAGGUGGUGACGCUAUGGUACCGCCCCCCUGAUAUUUUACUAGGCAGUACGGACUACUCCACCCAGAUAGACAUGUGGGGGGUAGGGUGCAUCUUUUACGAGAUGUCCACCGGCCGGCCUCUCUUCCCCGGCUCCACAGUGGAAGAGGAGCUGCACUUUAUCUUCAAACUGCUGGGUACACCUACAGAAGAAACUUGGCCUGGAAUCACCUCAAAUGAGGAAUUCAUCUCCUACAACUACCCCCGCUAUAGACCCGACUGUCUGCAAAACCACACGCCCAGACUGGACAGUGAAGGGGUGGAUCUGCUGUCCAAGCUAUUGCAGUUUGAGGGAAAGAAGCGCAUCUCUGCAGAGGAGGCCAUGAAACACCCCUACUUCCACAGCCUAGGGGACCGAGUGAUCACACUGCCAGACACUACUUCUAUAUUUGCACUUCAAGACAUUCAGCUGGAGAAGGAGCCAGGAAUACGAACCAGCUCCCUGUCUGAUUCAGCGGUGGUGAGGGCAGGUACAGGAUGUGGAGUUGUGACUGAGUGAACAGCAUAUCCCGACGGCAGAGCCUGCUCUUCUGAGAGGAAGAAAAAGAAGAAUAGAGCCAGAGAGAGCAAGAAGCUGACAGACAUUUCCGCAUGUGAUGAAGGGAUACAUAUUUAAUUUUUCUCUCCUUUUUUUGACAUUAUAAUUUUUUUCAUUUUUCAAUUGUGUUAAGGGUCCUGUGGUAAUUUCAUGUGGGGGGGGGGGGGGGUCCUAGCUGUUUACAUUUGAGAUGAGGUUGAGGGUGGGGGUUUUACAGCAAUAUUCACCACCCUUUCCCAUGCACCAUAUACAGGUUUACCAUGACAAUCGCACACUUUUACCAUCCUUUUCCCCAAUGUUUACCGCUGAUGCUAAAAGGCUAAAAGCCCCAUUUUAUUAAUAAGAGAGUAGACUGUGAGACUGUGUUACUUGAGGGUUAGGUCCAAAUGUGAUAUACCUGCCUAAUACAGGUAUACAGAAGGUAAGAUGGAAAUAAACAUUUGCCAGUGUGUUAGAGACAUUAAUGAGUAAGGGCUUAUAUCAUGUUAUUAUUGAGUGGGUUGAAGCAUUGAUUUGGACUUAGAUGACUCAGUAAUUAUUGAUGUAGGUUGCGCAAUAGCCCCACUACACUGGGAAUAGGUUGCGCUGGCAAGGUUAUAUAAAGCAGUUAUAUAAAACAAAUAAAAUGCAAUAAUAACAAUAAUAAUAAUCAAACAGAGUAGUGGAGAUCAGGGUCAAAUUUGGAGGAAAAAGAUGGUGAAAAAUCACGCAGGUACUGUUGAGAUGUGAAUGUCUUGGAGGGACUCUUCCUCAAAUUAGUCUUCCUAAGUCCCUUCUCCAUCGGACACCAUUUCUCCUUGUACAUCCCUCUACACAUUGAAAACCAUAGCAAAGUGUGCAUGUGUACCAGCUGAAUGCAAUUUAUUCCACUGCAGGUUUUUGGCACAACUCCCUUAUUCAUAUUAUUAAUGAAAGUAUUAAUUAACUGCCACUUAACUGACCACCACAAUUUCAGAUGUAAAUUUGAAAUUGUUUGGAGGAGAUUUUGGAGAAUAACAUACAGAGACAAGUCUCGGUGUCAUUCACAGUGACCCCCUCCACUGACCUACAGUAUAAAUGUUUACAGUCAGGCUGUGCCACAUACCUGCUCUGGAAUAAUUGUAAAGGCACUUUUCUCGAAGUGUACAAAGGCCAGUUUCUCCCUUCAAGCUCCUGUGUUGUCAGCAUCGGUACGAUUCAUGCUGAACCAAAAUCAGUCCGUCAAAAGACUAGGUACAAGUUUUUGCCUUUUUUGAUCCCUGUGUGAUGAAAGGACCUGUGUAAAGGGACCUGCGCUUUUGGAGUAAAUGGAUAGCCUCUCAUUCUUAUGGCAGUACAAUCUUAGGAAUUACCUAUGAGUCCUGAGAUGGUGGGUUGCUUCCAGGAUCGGAAAAUACCAGCUAUUGUGGAUCAUACUGUUGGAAAAAUAAUGUUUGAUGGAUGCUGUUGGGUGAUGGAACAGAAUCAGAAUGACAAUGGAAUGAAUCGGUGUAUGAAAUCUGUUGACGUCAAAGUGAAAUGCAGAACAAUCCAUCCCAUUCAAGAUGCUAAUUACUGAGGCAUGUGUCUCAGGACUUACAAUAACAUUUUGAUAACAUGGAGUCUGUAACCAGUUA